AUGUUUCUCUGUGAACAGCUUCUUCAAUGCAAAAAAGAAUCUUUGGCAGAUUUCACCAAUCCAUCAAGCUCCAUGAAUAUCUCAGAGCUGCUGACAUCUGCUGGCUACCCUCAUAUAAGUGUAACAGAGGAGAGAAGACACCUAGCAUAUGAGUGCAUUUUGUUGUAUGAAGUCAUCACAAAGCGCAUCCCUGCCUUAGAUGACUUGAGGAAGGGACUGGCUUCUGUUAAAGUGUCACAAACAACACUCCUCGAUUUACUUGGGAAACUUCCUGACGUUCAGCAACGUGUGUUUCCUCCACACACUGGCAAAAUUGAUAUUAUGAUGCUCAAGUUACAUUUGGAGUGGAGAGAAACUGCUGAUCCUGUAAACCAAGCAGCUCAACAGUUUUUUCUCCAAUAUAUAGAUGAAUUACAUGAGAAAGGUGAUCCUAACAGUAUGACUAUCUUUAUACAAUAACCUAAUAACCCUGACACUUAGCUAAAAUUGAUGAUGGUGAUGAUGAUGGUUGUCAUACUCAGUGAUAACUGUAUUGGGAUUCUCUGUUGGUGUAAAUGUUGAUGGUUUUCUACAAUGAUACAGACUGUAGUUUAGUGAUUUAGUGAAGAGGCUCAUAACAAAGAAAAGUAUGAUUUACAUGGGAUCAAGGACUUGUAAAGAAAAUUGAUAAUGUAUUUACAUGACAAACAAAUUCCCCCAAAAUUGGAAGGCAGUUAAAUUAUGAAUACAGUGCACUUCCCUGGUUAGCUGGGUCACAAACAAGAAAAUCUUACUGAAAUUAUUUGUUUCAACAACAGAUGGUGCUGAUAACAAUGAAACAUUAGAAGACAUGGUACUAUUUUGGACUGGAUGUCCAUCACUACCCCCAGAUGUAACCACCAAGUUACUCGUGAAGUACCUUGAAAAUCAUCCCAGCAAAGUUUUGGCAGAGUCCAGCACUUGCACUCUGGAACUUUCUAUCCCAGUAGUGCACAACGAUUACAGUGUAUUCAAGGAUUACCUUAAUAAGAGUAUUUCAUAUGGCAAACUUGGUUUUGGCAAGAUAUAG